AUGGUAUUUCUUCAUUGGAUUCAGCGAUGUACACCGGGAGUGUCUACCCUGGCGAUUAUCUUCCUCCUCGGAGGUUUCAAUUCGAGGUUCUUCACAGGAGACCGACAAGAGAUGACCAAUGACACGCGUCUUGGGAGAGAUCGCAUCACCUUCUCAGAGGGCUUUUUCAUUCUCUACACAGUCUUCCUUCACAUUGUCAUCACAACUGUCCCUCUUCGUAUUUUCCGUGGGGCACGACUAGCUACACAUGAGAUACAAGCGGCACUCAAAGCAUCUCAACUAGAGUCGGAUCAGCCUGAAAGUCUUCAGAAUAGCAGCCAUCAGUCAAUUCCUUCAGAGCUGAUCCACGUCUCCAUAAUUCCUUCCUACAAGGAAUCAAUCGAAACUUUGCAAGACACGCUGAGAGUCCUCGCAAGCCAUCGAAUGGCAAGAAAUACUUAUGACAUAUUUCUUGCCAUGGAAGAAAGAGACCCACAGGCUGUUGGAGUCGCUGAAGCACUAGUCUCCAAGUAUGGCGCUUCCUUUUUGGACAUUCAAUAUUCCGUGCACCCCUCAGAUAUACCUGAUGAAAGUCAAGGCAAGAGUGCAAAUGUCGCAUGGGCUGCUAAGGCUGUCGAGAAGAAGUACUUGGGCCGGCCGAUCUUCCAAGACGUUCUUGUCACAGCCAUGGACAGUGACACCCAUCUCCUUGAGACAUAUUACUCGCUGAUCCAAAAGCGCCAUUUGACGUUGCGACAACAGUCAGACCUGGCACCAGUGACAUUAUAUACUGUACCUAUUGUCUUUGACAGAAACGCACAUUUGGUGCCUAGACUUGUCCGCGCGACUGACUUGGGUUGGUCCUGUGCUGGCCUAGCAUGCUACAAGCGGCCCGGCGACUAUGAUGGCAUUGUCUUUCCCACGUCGGUCUACACGUUGCCGCUCAGCCUCGUGUCCUCAAUUGGCGGCUGGGAUACUGGACCAGGCGCUAUUGGUGAAGACAUGCACAUGAUGCUCAAGUGCUAUUUUGCAACAAAGGGCAACCUCAACAUUGAAUCCAUUGCAAGUCCUGCAAGCAUGUCCAAUGUCACAAGCGGCUCCACAGGCUUGAUCGGUUGGCUUCGCAACCACAAAGCUCGCUAUUCCCAAGGUCUUCGCCAUAUGUGGGGAUGCCUGGAUGCAGGCUACGCUCUACAGAAGUUCUGUCAAAUGGGUUUGCCGUCUCUCUAUGGUAAUGCCGUCUAUAAAUUGGACAAGAAGAAUGCCAAAAUCGGAACUAAUCUAGGCGUUGGAAAAGUAGAGGUGCGUGGCGGCAGAGUUCGUUCUGUGUGGCUCAGAAAUGCUGUGCUCUCCCUACGUCUCUUCGAAGCUCACUUGUUCCCUUUGCAUUUCUUAUGCAUCCUCGUCGCCUCAAACUCAUACUCCGAACAGCUGAGCUCUUCGAAUGCUAGUCCAAUCCUUGAGAUCGUUCUCAAGCUUACUGGAUACGCGCGGACUGCCAACUUUGUUCUGAUGGCUAUCUGCCUUUCUACUGCAUAUGCGAGUUUUCACAAGAGCGUUGGAGCCUGGGUAGCAUUCUAG